UGUCAAAUAUUUGAUUGUUAUUUAAUUUUGUUUUGUUAUUUUUCGAUUUUUUUUUUCAAAAGUUUACUGAAUUAUGGCAUAGCAUGGCCAAAAAGUUUCGAUGUCUUAAAUGUUUAAAAAUUAUUGAAUGUCCUUCAUAUGACAGAGCUAUUCUUAUAAAACACAUUAGAACUGAUCAUCCAGAAAUUGAUCUUCCAGAUGAUGAAACAAUGGAAUAUUCAGAAAAAGAAGAACCAACUCCUUCAAAAGCAGUCAAUAACAAUCAGCAACAUCUUGAUGAAAUUGUUACGCCUCCUCCACCACGUGAACAACUAUUUCCUGAUAUAAAUAUUCACAUGGAAGAAACAACUAUUCGAAGUCCAGAAUUGAAACCAAUCUACACGAGAAAGUAUAAAAUAACCACUCCUCUAACGCCUCGAAGUCCACAAAAACGGAAAAUGUACAAAACAUCAAUCGAAAAAUGGCGCCCAGCUAAAGGAAUGAUUUAUUGUCCAAAGUGUGGAGCUCACAAAAAGCCUAUUAUUAAAUCUAGAUCUGAAAAGUUGUCAUAUUCGACAGUUGGAGCUGCUUGCAUCUUAACUUGUUGGCCCUUAUGUUUUCUACCUUGUUUUUUCCAAGGCCCUUCACGAGAUUAUCUUCAUUGUGCCGAGUGUCAUAACUUUCUGGGAAUGUAUGACAAACAAAGAAAUUGUGUUAGACCGAAUCGAGAAUUCGUCGAAAUUGAUGGCUGUCAAGAAGGGACAUUUAAAAAAUCGUUUGAAAAUAACCGUCCACAGGAUGAUUUCAGAUUGCGUUCAGAGAAAAGAACAAGUGUUUAAAUUUAAGUGUUGGUUUAAAAAUAUAGCUAUUAAAAAACUUUUUAUGAAAAGCUUUUAUUCGACACAUUGGAAAUAGUAGAGACAAGAACCAAAUCAAUAUUGCAACCAGUCUCACUCAAACUAUUGUGAAACUUAAAAAGCUUUUAACAAAAGUUGA